GUGGCUAUGGCUACAGGACAGGUGCUAUUUCAACGUUUUUUUUAUACCAAGUCUUUUGUGAAGCAUUCCAUGGAGCACGUGUCAAUGGCCUGUGUUCAUCUGGCAUCCAAAAUUGAGGAAGCACCGAGGCGCAUCAGGGAUGUGAUCAACGUGUUCCAUCGGCUGAGGCACCUGAGGGAGAAAAAGAAACCUGUGCCACUAAUACUGGAUCAAGAAUAUGUGAAUUUGAAGAAUCAAAUUAUUAAAGCAGAAAGAAGAGUGUUAAAGGAGUUGGGAUUUUGUGUUCAUGUAAAGCAUCCUCAUAAGAUAAUCGUUAUGUACCUUCAGGUAUUAGAAUGUGAACGUAACCAACACCUGGUCCAGACCUCAUGGAAUUACAUGAAUGAUAGCCUGAGGACAGAUGUCUUUGUAAGGUUCCAGCCAGAGAGCAUUGCCUGUGCAUGUAUUUACCUCGCAGCUAGGACGCUGGAGAUCCCACUUCCUAACCGUCCACACUGGUUCUUACUCUUUGGAGCAACAGAGGAAGAAAUUCAAGAAAUCUGCUUAAAAAUUUUGCAGCUCUAUACCCGGAAAAAGGUUGAUUUAUCUGAUCUGGAAAGUAAAAUAGAAAAGAAGAAACUGGCGAUUGAAGAGGCAAAAGCACAAGCUAAAGGGCUGGUACCUGAGGGAGCCCCAAGCUUGGAUAACACAUCAGGAUUUUCCCCUAUCCCAAAAAAUGAGUCUCCAAAAGAGGUUAAAGGAAAUAAGCCUUCGCCUCUACCUGUUCAGGCAAUGAAGAAUGCUAAAAGGAAAACAGAGGGAGCAAAGAGAACAAGUUCAAAUAGCCCAGUAAAUGGGAUUCAGAAAGGCAGAGAAAGCAGAAGUCGAAGUGGAAGUCGAGAGCAGAGUUACUCAAGAUCACCAUCCAGAUCUGCAUCCCCUAAGCACAGGAAGAGUGAGAGCUACUCCACCUCCAGCGGCUCCAAGUCCCACAGC